CGCCACCAACCGCCAACGCCGCUGCCGCGCCGCGCUGCGCUGCGCUGCGCUGCGGUAAACUCGCGCCGGUCGCUGGCUCGCAGCGACCUCCUCACAACCGUCGUCAUUACCUAGCCUGUGUCCUCUGGCCGACUCGUCUCCGUGAGACGCCAGUGGACAGCCACUGCUCGGAUCAGGGCAGUCGACAGUUCCCGACACAACGUCUGCCACGUGUAGCUGACGAUGAGACUACCGGCAAAGGAACAUCUGUGCUGAAGAGCUUCGGUGCUCAGGACUCUGCCCUCCUAUACCUGUCUGCUGCCGCCAGCAUCCGCAACUAGGGACUGUUGCAUGGUACCCAGCCUCAAUUAGGUGGUCUUUCUGAGGAAUUUAUCGGAGGCCAGGCAGGGCGGGCCGUGGUGGACGCUGGCUGGGGGCAGCUGGGCGGCAGCGCCAGCGCCGAGCAGAGCAUCGCGCGCCGCCAGAGGCAGCUCCCGCCGGGCGCCGGGCAGCCGCGGCCGCGCGGGCCCCCACUGCGCGACGUAGCCGGGAGCCGCCGCCGACCGCCUGCUGCGCUUCGCCCUCUCACCAUGACAGAUUAGGAUGCGGCAGCGGACGGCGGGCACGUCGAGCGCGUCGGAGAGCCACCUGUUCUCGGGGGGAUGAGUGCGGGCGGUCGCCGUGGGCGGGCCCGGCCGCGCGGCCGCCGCUAGCCCGCCAGCCGGCAGCGCCCCCGCCGGCGCCAUGCUGUCCCAGCAGCAGCAGCCGCCGCCCCCGCAGCAGCAGCAGGCGGACGGCGCGGUGGCCGUGCGCUGGGAGGACGCCUACAGCGGCGGCGCCCCCACCUCCGCCGACAGCGCCGUCGCCAUCGUCAACAAGGAGGUGCGGUAUGGGCCAUUCGGAUCGCCCCCACCGCCCCCGCCGCCCCCGAUGCCGCCUCCGGUGCCACCGCCUCCGCAGCUCCUUGGCCGUGCGCACUCACGGUCCAUGUCUUCGUUACCCCCCGAACCUUUCAUGAUUAUGCGGUCGAAGGCGCUGAACCGGAGGGUGUGCAUCAACGUGGGCGGCGUGAAGCACGAGGUGCUGUGGCGGACGCUGGAGCGCCUACCGCACACGCGCCUCGGCCGCCUGCGCGACUGCAACACGCACGAGGCCAUCUCCGAGCUCUGCGACGACUACUCGCUCGUCGACAACGAGUACUUCUUCGACCGCCACCCCAAGUCCUUCAGCUCCAUCCUCAACUUCUACCGCACGGGGAAGCUGCACCUCGUCGACGAGAUGUGCGUCCUGGCGUUCAGCGACGACCUCGAGUACUGGGGCGUCGACGAGCUGUACCUCGAGUCGUGCUGCCAGCACAAGUACCACCAGCGCAAGGAGCACGUGCACGAGGAGAUGCGGAAGGAGGCCGAGUCGCUGCGGCAGCGCGAGGAGGAGGAGUUCGGUGAGGGCAAGUGCGCGCAGUACCAGAAGUUCCUGUGGGACCUGCUCGAGAAGCCCACCACGUCCAUCGCCGCCAGGGUGAUAGCCGUCAUCUCGAUCCUGUUCAUAGUGCUGUCUACGAUCGCGCUGACUCUCAACACCAUCCCCAGUCUGCAGCACAAUGACGAGAAGGGCAACUUCGACAAUCCGCAGCUCGCGAUGGUCGAAGCUGUCUGCAUCACGUGGUUCACCCUGGAGUACGUGCUACGCUUUAGCGCGUCCCCAAACAAGUGGAAAUUUUUCAAGGGCGGUCUCAACAUCAUAGACCUGCUCGCUAUCCUCCCGUAUUUCGUUUCCCUCUUCCUGCUCGAGACCAAUAAGAACGCGAAUGACCAGUUCCAAGACGUGCGCCGCGUGGUCCAAAUCUUCAGGAUCAUGCGCAUCUUGCGCAUCCUCAAGCUGGCGCGCCACUCAACGGGGCUCCAGAGCCUCGGCUUCACGCUCCGCAACUCGUACAAGGAGCUGGGCCUGCUUAUGCUCUUCCUCGCCAUGGGCGUCCUCAUAUUCUCCAGUCUGGCGUACUUCGCCGAGAAAGAGGAGCCCGGCACCAAAUUCAUCAGCAUUCCCGAAACUUUCUGGUGGGCGGGCAUCACAAUGACGACCGUGGGCUACGGCGACAUCUACCCCACCACCCCGCUCGGGAAAGUGAUAGGAAGUGUCUGUUGCAUUUGUGGGGUACUGGUGAUCGCGUUGCCCAUUCCCAUCAUUGUCAACAACUUCGCCGAGUUCUACAAGAACCAGAUGCGGCGCGAGAAGGCCCUGAAGCGGCGGGAGGCGCUCGAGAGGGCCAAGCGAGAGGGCAGCAUCGUCUCCUUCCACCACAUCAACCUGCGCGACGCCUUCGCCAAGAGCAUGGACCUCAUCGACGUCAUCGUGGACACGGGCCACAACAUGUCGCAGGCGGACGGCAACAGCACGGGCGGCGACAGCGCCAGCGGCGGCGGGGGCGGCGGGGGCAGCCGCGGCCCGCAGGCCACCGGCUGCUACCGCAACUUCGAGCACUUCGGGUCGCGCGGCCGGCGGCCGGGCAGCGCGCCCACGCCGGGCCUGCCGGGCCAGCCCUCCAGCUCGCCGCCGCCCACGCACCCGCUGCUGGACCUCCCGCCGGGGGGCGGCGCAGCCGCCGCCGCCGCCACCGCCCUCGUCAGCGCGGGGGCGGCCAACGCCGCGCCGCCCCUCGACGAACUGCAGCCCGCGGCCGCCGUCGCGCCGGGGGGAUACGUGUCCCCGGACCUCAAAAAAGACGACAAGAAAAACGAGAAAAUCGAUGAAUUCCCUAGUGAGUUCGAAUGUUGCUUUUGCACAUCGAAGGACUACAAGGAGUUCAUUGACGCCGAGAGCCUGAUGCCGCUGCCCACGAGCGACUUCCGCAACCCCGUGUGCCUCGAGAUGAAAACGAUACGCAGCAACGCGGCGGCGGCGGCGGCUGCUGCGACGAACAGCAACAACAACAACAACAUCAGCAACAACAACGGCGGCCGCGGUCUGGUGGACGGGGUGCUGCUGCGCGGCGUCGCCUCCAGCAGCUACGACAUGGGCAGCGUCGACAGCUCCGACACGUACGCCAGCUGCAACACCCACCCCUCGCACUCUCAGGGCGACCUGACGGCGGACGGCUGCUGGGAGAUGGUGCUGGACAGCAACCUGUACGUGAACCCGCUGGAGGGCAGCCCGGUGGACGGCAGCCCGCCCGCCGCGCUGCAGCCGCCGCUGGCGCCGUCGGCGCUGCCCGUCAAGAAGAGCGCCUCCAGCGACAAGGCGCUGCGCAGCCUGGGCGCCUCGCCGCUCGACGAGACCUUCGAGGGCUUCGGCGCGCCGGAGCGCGAGCGCGGCUCCCGGGGGUCGCUCAACGACGCGCCGCUGCCCAAGCACCGCAAGGCGCGCUUCCAGCAGGUCGGUAGGCGCAAAGGCCUGAAGCCGAGGACGCGCUUCGGCGACGAGGAGGGCCGCGGCGGCAGCGCCGGCAGCCGGCGGCCGUCCUUCAUGCCGGGCGCGCGCAGCCUGGCGUCGGCCACGCGCAUUAUCAACCAGCACCUGUUCGGCCUGCACUCGCUCGCGUCUCGCGCCUCAGGGAAAAACGGCAGCAAGUCAUCGCUGUCGGUGGACUCCAUUGAUUCACGGGCCAGCCCCACGCCAGACACACACCGGCGGUCGAAAUCGAUCCUCAAGAAGUCGGACGCGAGCUACUCGAUGUCGCGCAACGGCCGCGGCGGGGGCGGCGGCAGUGGCGGCAGCUGCGGCGGCGGGGGAGGCGCGGGCAGCGACGACCCGGAGACGGAGAAGCUCAUCUCGUCGGACAACAGCGCCAGCUCCGGGAUGGGGGCGGCGGGCGCCGGCGGCUGCGGCUGCAUGGGCGGCGCGGGCGACGCGGGCUCCGGCUCGGGCUCGGACUACUCGCCCAGCAAGCUGCCGCUGUCGCCGCCCGCCACGCCCGCCGCCGCCCACCGCUUGCCGCUGCAGCCGCGCGCCAUCGGGCCCAAGUCCGGCACCAAGCCGCACGCGCUGCCCAUCAAGUUCGUCGGCCUCGACGGGGGCGGCGGCGGAGGCGGCGGCAGUGGCGGGCGCUCGUCUUCGGGGCUCAAGUCGCCCCUGGUGCUGCUGGACGACCUCCUGGGUGGCGGCGAGAAGCACGCGCGCGACGAGGCCGCCGUCGAGAACCGCAACAAGGAGCGGCUCGAGUGCUCGUCGGCGGGCGGCGGCGGCGGUGGUGACGGCGACGGCGGCCCGGCGGACGGCGGCUGCUGCCUCGACUCGCCUCUCUACAUCUGCCCGCCGCCGCCCGCCGAGGAGCACUCGCCUACCGAGGAGACCAAGCUGCUGGCCGCAGGCGCCACCCCGGCGCGACACCACUGCCACGACUUCCCCAAGUCGUAGCAGUUACU